ACGCCGACAACGGAUAUGCCCUGCGGGCCGUACAAGUAAGCGAAUCGAAGUCGAAGUUGAACUGUUGAAGCAUAGAAGGUCAACGUCACGGUCCUCACCCGCCGGCCAGUUUGAGUGCUUUUUUUCCGGUGAUCGGAAUAGCGACGAUGGAGUCUACGACGGGGACGAAGACUCAGGAAGAACAAUGGAUGGUAGAGCGUCAAGUCCGCGAAAUUUACAACUUCUUCUUCAGCAUCCCUCCCAACUCUCAGUCCGUCAUCCUGGAGCUUCAACGUGAGAAGCACGUUGAGUAUCUUUACAGAGGACUCCAGCACCUCGGUCCAUCGUUUUCUGUUCUCGAUGCAAAUCGACCUUGGAUGUGCUAUUGGAUGAUCCACUCGAUUGCUUUAUUGGGCGAGUCUAUUGACGAUAAAUUGAAAGACGACGCCAUUGACUUUCUCAGUCGCUGCCAGGAUCCAAAUGGUGGAUAUGGCGGUGGACCUGGUCAGAUGCCACAUCUUGCAACAACCUAUGCUGCAGUUAAUGCACUCAUAACUUUGGGAGGUCAAAAAUCUUUCUCAUCAAUUAAGAGAGAUAAAUUAUACUCCUUUUUGCUGCGAAUGAAAGAAGCAAAUGGUGGCUUCAGGAUGCACGAUGGUGGGGAAGUGGAUGUUCGUGCAUGCUAUACUGCCAUUUCAGUUGCAAGCAUCCUGAACAUUCUGGAUGAUAAGCUAACUCAUAAUGUUGGAAAUUUCAUUGUAAGUUGUCAAACAUAUGAAGGUGGAAUUGCUGGAGAACCAGGUUCUGAAGCUCAUGGUGGGUAUACAUUUUGUGGUUUGGCUGCAAUGGUUCUGAUCAAUGAAGUUAAUUGUUUGGACUUGCAAAGCUUACUUGAUUGGAUGGUAUUCAGGCAAGGAGUGGAAGGUGGAUUCCAAGGGAGAACAAAUAAAUUGGUAGAUGGUUGCUAUUCGUUUUGGCAGGGUGGAGUGGCUGCGAUAUUACAAAGGUUGCAUUUGAAUGUUAUGGAGUGUGACCAUGGUUCUGUUGCGUCUAGUUCCUCUGAUGGAGAAGACCACCUUGAAGGAACUUCCACUCACACGGAUGAAUCUUUUCAUCUCAGGCAGGGAGCUGGACCAGAGCAUGGUGCUUUUGAACCAGUGAAGAACUUGAACGACAUUGGUUAUGAGUUUAUCAAUAGACAUGCUUCUAGGAGACCUCUAUUUGAUAGCCUAAAUUUGCAGCGCUACAUCAUACUUUGCUCACAGGUAGAGGGCGGUUUCAGGGACAAACCAGGGAAGGCCAGAGAUCACUACCAUACAUGUUACUGCCUGAGUGGUCUGUCGAUUUCUCAGUAUAGCUGUGCAAGUGAUUUUGGCACUCCGCCUUUGCCCCGGGACAUCUUGGGCCCUUAUUCCAACAACCUAGUCGAACGGAUUCACCCUCUAUUCAACAUUGUCAUAGAUUGUUACUAUGAAGCUCGUGAAUUCUUCUCAGGUCUGUGAGGAUCUUUUCCCUCUUUUGUACCAUAACAUGUACUCCGUACAAUGGUUUCCCUCCAGUGUCCUUACACAGCAGCGCCGUCAGGAAAGGAUUUACAGUGUUUAUUAUAGUGACGAAAUUCUUCGUAUAUUAUUUCCAUAAAAUUCUAGGCGUUGUACUACAUCUUUUUGUGUAAUUUGCAAUCUUGGAAAGUAUGGGACAUCAUUGUUGUUUGCUUCCA